CUCUUAUACAAAUUACAAUUCGCGGUUGUAUAUACGCUGAUUUGAUUUAAAUUAUUUCUUUAAAUACAUAUUAAUGAAUAAGUAGUGAAUAUAUUUUUUUUCGAAGAGAACAUAUGUAUCAAAAAUCGGAUACCAAUUUCUUGCAUCCAGCAUUAGUUAACUUGACCACACAAUUAUUUCAAGAUAUUAUUGAAAGUAAAAUUAAUGCACCAAAUUUUAAAUGUCUUGGAUUACAAUCAAUUGAUUAUGAACAGAAAGCAAAUCAAAUUGAAGUUGUACUACAGUUUGACAUUAUCUCCUCCACUUCAACUUCUUCACCAUCAUUAUCAUCAGAUAACUCUGUGAUGAAUGAUUCAUACACAGUUUGUAAUUAUACAGAUUUAUUGAAAAAAUCAUCAGAUGAUUCACGUGGAGAGGAAAGAAAAUCCCCACUUGUAACAAUAGUCGUAUGCUGUUGCAUACUGACGACAUUUUUUCUGCUGGUCCUCUUUCUGCGAUGUCGAAGCUUUAUUCGAAGGAAACAACUCAUGAGAAGAAGAAACAACUCAAAGUAUUUAUACUGUUCCAACUAUUCAAAACCACGACCAAUUAAUCAUAGCUAUAUCAAAACAGAUAAAACUUAUCACUGGUCACCACCGAAGCCCAGUCAUAAUAAUUCAUUUCCAGCUUGGUUUGAAUGUCCACCUCUAAAAAAUAACAAUAAUAAUAAUAAUUAUACAACAUCUUCCUCUUCAUCAUUGAAUCAUUCAAACAACACAAUAAAAUGUCUUCAACAUCGUAUUCCCUAUGGUGGUAAUCAUUCAACAACUUCAUUUUUUACUCAACGUCAAUGUAGUUCAUCAAAUGAUAUUAUUAACAGUAAUUAUAUAAAAUAUAAUUGUCAGCAUCAAAAGUGUAUGAUAGGAUCAGGAAAUUAUUUAGCUGCUGGUUAUUCAGAAUAUUAUAGACGAAUGAAUAAUUAUAGAUCAGUCAAGAAUAGAUCAGUAAACACAAAUUUAAUGUAUUCAAACUCUCAAAAGAUGAAAAAAUCAAGAAAAAAAGAGUUGAACACAUCAACUACAGGAAAUCAUUCAAUGUUUUAUAAUACAAGUGAAAUCACAGAUUCUGAAACUCCAACUACAGAGUUUACAGGAAGCACAAAAUCACAUAGAAGUAUAUCACAAAGUCAUGUCUAUCGUAAAGGCAGAAGUUUAAGUCCAGCUGAAAUAACUAACUCUAGUGAAUCAAAGUAUUUAUUCAAUUCAAAGCCAAGAUUUUCACUUGCAGAAUCAGAUGAAAUGAGUAGUAAACCAAUGGAGAUGAGUCAACCAUCUGAAUUUCAUGAUGUGGUGAUAGACUGCAGUUCACUGGAGAGCGGUGUCAGUUAUCCUGUACAAAAUUCUUUAUCUCUUUUGGAUACAAACAAGGAUCUACAAAGCCCUCUAGAAAGUCGAACAUAUCAAAGUCUUAUGUCAGUUUAUUUAAAUGAUAUCUCACAGGGAAAUGGGAUAAAUACUGAUACAAUCAAUACUGUUACAAACAUGAGUAAUACUACUACUACUACUACUACUACUACUACUACUACUAAUAAUAAUAAUAAUAAUAAUAAUAAUGAUAAUAAUACUAACAAUAAUAAUAUCAGUAACAGUAAUCAUAGUGUACUUUUGAAUAUGAACAAUAAUCACCAUAAUGAAAAGGAUAUUCUCAUAUUGAAUAAACCAAAUAUUCCAAAAAUUGCCACAGGUCUAUAUGAUGAUGAAUUAUGUAAAAUGAAAAAAGUGAAUUCAUUUGAAAGUACUCAAUCAGCAUUAUCAUUGAACAAUAAUGAUUUUAUUGAACAGAAUAAUUCAAUGUUUUAUGGUAUACAAUCAUCAAUUGUAAAUAAUAAACCAAAACGUCCAGUUUUAUGUUUAUUUAGUGCAAAUAAACAUCGUCAACAUCUUCAACAGGAAAAAUAUUAUUUCAAAUAUCCUAAAUUAAUUCAAGAUGAUAAUAGUCUAUCACAAAAUAUCAAUGUACAGCAUUCAUUAAAAUCAAUAAAUCUAUCUACAUCACAAUUACCAGUUAUCAAUUAUACUAAAAGAAUAAUUCGUAGUAGUAAUAAUAAUAUUAAUAUGAAUAGUAAUAAAGUUGAGAAUAAUAAAAAUUUAUUAUGCAAUACAAUUGAGUGUAAAAGUUGUAUGAAUUUACAAGCAUAUAAUUUAGUACAAGAUCGUUAUCGUAAUCCAAGUAGUGGAUCAACUGUUAGUCAAAUACCAAGAUCAGAUUUACCAGAUGUUUAUUUAAAUCCACCUUCCAUGUCUACAUUGCAAUCCCAAAGAAGCAGUUUAUGUGAAAGGAGUAGGAUGGAACUGUUAUGUGUUGACAAUGGAUUAGAUGGCGAUAAUUAUUCUGCAGGCAAAAUUGGAACAAGUCAACUGAUGAGUGCACCAAAUUUAGAAGAUGAUAUUGCAAGUAUUACUGAGUCUAAUGUUCAUUGCUCUUCGGAACACAGAAAUGUAGGAGGAGAUAAUUGGAGUCUCCGUGAUGAAUUAGUCAUUGUUCCCCAACCACAAACUUUAACACUGGUGCGGAAUCAAGCGUAUAAUUUGCGAAAUGCAUAUCAUCAACCUCAACCUCAAUCACCAUCCAAUUUAGUACCGCCAACAUUCAAACUUUUUCAGUUGACCGAUGAAAAUUUCGGUAAUUUACCAGUUAGAGAUAAAGAACACCAUAGCAGUAUACAACAACAACUUAGAAGAGCGUUAAGUCUAUCGUCUAGGAGAAAAUCUCCUCGUUCUCUGAAUGCUGAAAUUCAGUCAAUCAUGGAUAAACAUUAUGAAAUGACUGGGAUCAGAAUGACAAUCGGUACUGGAUCAUCACAAAAGAAUGCACCGACUACAAAAUCCUAUAUGAAUUUAUUCGGUUUGCAGUCAAAUAAUAAAACACAAGGAUCACGAACAAGAAAACGUCGGUGCAGUUGGACAUUCACCAAAGAUAUUACAAAUGAAUUUCAAUCUGGUUUAAAAAAUGUAUCUAGUGCUUUACAUCUAGAUUGUACAAAUUUUGAUCUAAUACAAAAAUUGAAGCAUAUCAGAGAGAAGCCAUCUGUACUAGAAUCUUUAUCUAUGACAGCUUUACCAUGUCUAGUACCAUUAAGACCACGUAUUCGAUCGGAUGCAACAAAUGAUAUGACUGUAAUUGAUGAAGAAUUCAUAGAAAGACGUUACAGUCGAAAAAUUCAUUCAGAUUUGAAUACUACAAAAUUGACUGAUUUCAAGCGGAACAGUAUGAUAGCCAUUGAUAAGAGUCUAUCAAUCCUUGGUAUUCAAUCCAAUGUUAGACUUGUUAAGAGUAAUUGGAAUUUAACAAACAUUUAACUUUUCCUGUUCAUUGACAAAUAUCAUAUUCAUUUUACUACUCAUAUAUACACAGCAUAAUAUGUAGAUAGUUUGAAUAAAAUACUUUACUAAAAGCAAUAAUAAUAUUGUACAGGAUUAAUCUUUCAUUAAAGACAAUUAUUUUCUUGAAUAUCAUUUCCUAUUGAUUGAGUGUACAUAAUUUCAAUCGUUAAUGAGUUGUUCUAAGUUACUUUCAUUGAACAUUGAAAUAUGCGCUACAAUUAGUAACACAUAUCUUGUCUGUUUGAUUUCAUGCAUAAAUAAACUUUAAAUAACGUAUAAAAAAAUACAAAACCCUUUUCAAC